GCGAUGAUUCCACAUCAAGUCUUACUUGGAUUCCUGUUGGCCUCGUUGUCUUCUGCUUUAAUCAACUGCUCCGGAAGUGACUCGUGCUUUGCGGAAACGUCGGAAUGCGAUCCAAAUAAAAACUGCCUCACGACCAUUCACUUUGACCAAACUGGAAACAUGGACAUAUUCGUGCGAGAUGCGGUGGAGACUGACUACGUUUCAAUUGUCAUCAGCCGAGAUUUGCACAACAAUGUCGAGCAUAUCAUCUGUGUUCCACUUAGCAGAAAACGUUUCCGGGCGAUGGGUCGGUUUGGAGCAACUGUAGUUUUUACUCAGCUGAACACUACGAAUGUGGUAGAGCGUCUGGGAAACAAUUUGUUUCGAUGCAUUGUCAAAGUCAACGAGUUGCCCAGAAACUUCCAACACAGCCAUAAUUUUGUUGUAGAACGAGGCACAUUCCAGCAGUUUCUGAAAAUUGGCGCCGGUGCUGGUUUGAUUAAAUUGGAGAAGGUUCAACCGAAGAUAUCAGUUGAUGAUGAUCUUGAAGCAGAUUUCAUUCUUACAACUCCUGCCAAACAGUCCAACGAUAGACACUCUUUCUACUCAAAGAUUGACACUGAAAUCGCAUACAACACAAUUAACGAAAUUCAGAAAACUGCAAAGAAAGAUGAAAAUCAUAAGCUGGAAAGCGUGUAUUCUAGAAGUACUCCAUUCACAGAAAUUUUUUCGAAAAUAAAACGUUUACCAAAGGAGAAAGGAGUAGAUGUUCAAAUGGUUCAAAAAAAUCUCGUGAAAAAGGAUAAUAGAAAAUCAUUAAAGGAUAUGGAUGAAAGUAAAAGCCCGAAACCAUUCGAGUUGGCCGUUUUUAAUCAGGAUGGUGGGAUGUUCUCGGUGUGGAUGACUAAAGAGCAAAUGCAAAAAUAUUUGGGAAAACAGUUGGAAGCUGAGCAGAAUGAUCCUGAAACUGACACUCAAGCCUUAUCCGAUUCGUCCGACUCAAAUGAUCAAUUCAAAAAGAUUGGCUCCAUUAUUGCUAUAGGACUUUUUGCAGUUGUUUUCCUUUUGUAUUGUUGUUGGAAUGUGGCUGCUUCCAUGGCCUCGCCGUACAAUUAGAAUACAUCUUGAUUAUCAUGAACGCUAAGCAUCAAUAUAUCUUUUACAAUAUGCAAUUAUUUCUUUCAAAACUAUGAAUGCUUUUUAUCUU